AUGGGCAUGGGCAUGGGCAUGGGCAUGGGCAUGGGCAUGGCUGCGGAGCGAAGGCCGACAGCUGCGGAGGCAGCUGAACUCCUCCGCCGAAGGUCUUCCGUGGAUGAGGUGAUCGGGCUCCUGUCGGCGCCUGCAGCGGACGGAAGCUUCGAGGAUGAAGGCAUGGGGUCGCAAGACUGUGACCCGGCGCAAUUCGACAGCUGGCGGAACUCUCUCACCAAGGUUCUCGGACACCUGGGCUUCGACUUCGAAAACGAAGAGGGAGCUCCGUGCGAAGAAGAGGAGCUCGGCCCGGACGGCAAGCGUUCCCCCACGGACACGGACAAGCAUUCUCGUCACAACAGCCGCGGGUCGUCGCAGUUUCUCAGCUGGGGGGGGACGUCUGCGAUGUCGUUCGAGGAGCGACCGGAGGAAUUCCACGAGAGCCUGCGGCAGAUCCCCAUGCGCUGGCGGUCUUCGCUGUCGAGCAUCAUGACAUCGAUGGCUUCCAACGGUGGCUUCGACGAGCACGGCGGGGCUUACGCCAACGGUGCUGGCAAUGGCGGCGGAGGCGGAGGCGGUGGUGGCGGCGGCGGCGGCGGCGGCGGCAACGGCGGCGGGAGGGGAAACAUGGGCAUGGAUGUCUCGGGGGAUGGCGGCAACGUCACCGGGCAAACGGGCGAGCGGAAGCGGCUUGAGCAGCAAGCCUCGCUGGAAAUGCUCCAGUCGGUGAUGCGCGAGACCCUGGAGAGCAUGAGCGGCGCCGACGGGCACGAGGCUAGCACCGAGGACGGAGAGCAAGAGGCCAAGGCCGCUGCGACGGCCGCGCUCGCCAUGGGCUCCAUGUGCCGCGCCAAGUCCAACGAGGAGAACAGCUCGGCCACCAACGGCGGCCACGGGAGACCCCUCAGCGCCGGCAGCACCGGCAGCGGGCGGGGGAUGGGGGGGCCAUCCGGGCACAACUCCUACGUCGCGCCCCCCCCCUCCUCGGCUGGGAUGCACGGGCCCCCCGGGGGGGUUUCGGCUAGCUCUUCCUCGAGGGUCGUUAUGGGGGUGGGGCAUCACGAGAGGAGCUCCAGCCAGGCAGCGGCGGACGCUUACUUCAUGCGGCAGCAGGCGGCGGCCGCGGCGGGUGGGGGGCAGUACGCCCUCGCCGCCGGUGGUGGGGGCGGGGGCGGGGGCGGGGGCGGCGGCGCCGUCGGCGGCGGUGGUGGCGGUGGUGGCGGCUUAGGGAUCCACCACGACCACCAGACGACCUUCUGA